AUUAUCUCACCAACGGUCCGAUUCCUAACCCAAACGCCACCGUCUUGAAGUGUGCGAGAGACGAAGGCGAAGUGGCCGACUCUGUAAAUCCCAAAUCCGAAAGUUCAAUUCGGGGGUUCUAACCCCUUCCCCGAAAUCUCAGACCCACCGGUUCCGAUUUCUCCAAUAGGCGGUUCAGUUCAAAUUUCCACAUAUAUCGCCGAUUAGGGUUUUUCGCCGUCGAAGCUCUAAAUUGGAGUAUUAGACGAUGGGAGCUUUGAAGCUGGAGCUUCGUUGUCCCCAGACAGUCGAUGGAAUUUCAGUUGAUCCUAUGCCUGAUUGGAGCUUCGAAUCUCUUCUGUCGGAGCUAGACGCAUUGGAACAAAAGAUCAGUAGCUCUUCCAAGGUUUCGGGGUCAUUUACAAAGGAAAAACCGCGAGAUUUCUCGAACUCGAAGAGUAAUGGGAGAACUUCUGCUAGCCCGUUUGUUAUGCGCGUCCUCGAGGAUGAGAUGGACAGCACUGACGAUGAUGAAGAUGAGGAGGAUAAUGAUCGAAAUUUCGUUGGUGCCAAUCGGUUUAAUUUCGAUGACCUCUAUCUCAGUGAUAGCGAUGACUCUAGUGACGAGUCAUCUCUUGAAGCCCAACCUUACCUGAUGGAGAAGGUUGAACCGGGGGAAAGUAGUUUGUUCGAGCUAUCCCGUGAACAUCAGUUCAGAGUGAAGGAAGUUAUUAGAAACCAAAUAUCAGCACUAGAGGCAGAUCUGAAAACAGAAAAGGAAAAGUCUAUUUCUGCACUUGUUCGGGUUCAAAAGUACAGAGAAGACAGAUGGGAAAUGGAAAGAAAUCUUGAUACUCAAAAUCAACGCCAGAUAGCAGAAGCACUUGAUAAUCACCUGAAUGCUAUCCAGCGGGACCUUGAAAUCAAAUCUCAAAUAGAAGAAAGAAAAAUAAGAAAUGAUGCAGCUUAUGAAGAAGCUAAAAGAAAGGAAAAGGCUCGCCAAGAAGAAAAACUUAGACAAGAACGAGCUAGAGCUGAAGCUGAGGCAAAAAGAGUGGAGCAAGCAAAAAGAGACGAGGAUGCUAAAAGAGCUGCUUUGGAAGCUCAGAGCAGAGCAGCUAAAGAAGCUGCAGAAAGAGAAGCUUCUGAAAUCUCGAAGAAGGCUGAUUCUGGAGCGGCACAAGAAGAAACUAACAGGCUUCAAAUAAAUGCCAAUUUGGGACCUUUAACUGCUCAGUCCAAUGGAAAACUAUCAGCAGCAGGUAAGAUAAAGGCAGCAGAAAGUGCUCUAAAGUUAGAGCAGCGAAGACUACAAAUGCUUAUACAGUUAGAAGAAGAAAACCAGGCAUUGACAUUACGUUCCAACCAGGAUUUUGCAAAGAUUGAGAGGCAAAUUUCUAAGUUGAUACGCCAAAUUACAGGAACAAAAGAUAGUGUCAGACAAAAAGCAGAUGAACUAUUCAAUAUCUUUAAUGAUGCACGUUGCCCCCAAUCUAUCAGCAUCGCAGCGUUUGCAAAGAAGGUUGUCUCCAAUUGUGAAACCCCGCGUAAUGCUGCUUUUGCGUGUGGCUAUGUCAUUGUUCUUGUUACUUCAAAGGUUCCGCAGGCGAUGGAUCUUAUCCUUGCCGAGUUACACAGAGCUUGCAUCUAUACAGUUCCAAAACACUACUCGCAGUCAGCAUUCCAAUCACAAGAGGCCUAUUAUAAAGCAAUUGGAUUCAAAGAAGACGAAGGAAAGAUUGAAAAUGUUGACAAUUAUUUGGCACGAUUAGAAUCCUAUAUGAAACUGUAUGGGGCACUGAUUCAGACGGAAAUUUCUAGGGUCGAAAAUGCGCAUGGCCUGAGAGAAGGUUGGGCAUGGAUGGCGAGGUUUUUAAAUGCUCUCCCUGCCAACAGAUACACUGCUGUUGCGCUUAAAGCAUUCCUAUAUACGGCAGGGUAUUCUCUCUUCAAAAAGUACAAAUCCCAAUUCAGGAAGAUGCUGAAUAUCAUCUCGGACAACUUCCUGAAGGCACUAAAAGAACGACAAGAUUCAAAUCUGAACUCGGUCAUUGCAGAAAUCGAGGCGUUCAUAAAGGACAACGAAUUCCAUCGUGAACCUGAGGGAAGGACCCUGUUGGGGUCCUUGGAAUCAGACGCCUAUGUUCCUGAAGUUGAUUACCAACAUUCAAAUCAGUAUUCGUACGGCGGAUACCGCUACUGAUUGUAUUUGUAUGUACUAUAGGUUUACCGUCUUCCGUGAUUCCUGGAGGAUCUGUUGAAGAAUGUUUUGCCGUUAUUGUAAGUCAAGCUAAUUGUAUUCUUGGUAGUUACGAAAAGUGUAAGGAUACGAGAAUUUUGAUGAGGGAAAUUUGCAUAAUCUGCCCUAACAUUCUGCGAA